UAGAAAAUUAUUUUAUUUUUAAUUAAGCAAUUUAUUGGGAAAGAGUUCGGAGUGAGGGACUAUAUUGAAUCAAUAUAGCUUUCAAAUCACAGAGGGACCGAGUUGUAUAAUAAAGCAAAAGAAAAGUUAUUAAUAAAAAAAUACACAUCCCGUUUGACAUUUUCCUUGUACUUAAUACGUGGUAGCCACUAUAAAUACAUCUAACACCUUAUUAAAUUAUUUGAAACAAAUUUCAUUCAUCCAAAACUACAAUUUUGGGGAAAAGUUAUUAAGAUGGCAAAGAACAAUAAAUCAACUGAAACAAUAUCAAUAGUAAUAACAAGUUUGUUUUAUCUAAUGAUCAUCAACUUCUUUCAAAACAACAAUUCCUUGAAACCACAAUGGUUGGUAUUUGCUGAUGCCCAAGCAGUGAAGAUAGGAGUUGUGUUAGACAUGGAAAGCAUGGAAGGGAAGAUAGGAUUGAGCUGCAUUAACAUGGCGAUUUCGGAUUUCUAUGAUGCUCAUCCUGAGUUUAAAACCAAGGUUGUUCUUCAUGUUAGAGACUCCAACCACCAUCUUAUUCUUAUGUCUACGGAAGCUGUUUUGGAUUUACUAAAGAACCAACAAGUUGUUGCAAUAAUCGGGCCACAAACAUCUGAGGAUGCUGAAUUUGUUGCUAACCUUGGGAAGAAAGCUCAAGUUCCCAUUGUUUCAUACUCCUAUACAAUCCCUUUACUUUCUCCCUUACAAAACCCGUAUUUCAUUCGUGUAACUCAAGAUGAUUCCUACCAAGUACAACCCAUUAGUGACCUUAUCCAAGCUUUUGGAUGGAGAGAAGUUGUACCUGUCUAUGUUGCUGAUGAAUUUGGUAGUGGGAUUAUACCUUUUCUGGCUGAUGGUAUGCAGAAAAUUGGGACUCGAAUCCCCUAUAGAAGUGCAAUCCAGCCUGCUGCCACUAGUGAUCGAAUAGAAGCUGAACUAUACAAAUUGAAAUCUAUGUCUCCUCGUGUGUUUGUAGUUCACAUGGAUGCUUCUCUAGGAUCGCGGCUUUUUUUAAAAGCAAAAGAGUUGGGAAUGAUGAGUGAAGAUUAUGUAUGGAUCAUCACGAAUGCAAUGGCUGAUGUAUUGGAGUCAUUGGAUCCUUUAGUAAUUCAAUCGAUGCAGGGUGUUCUGGGAGUGAAGACUUAUGUAAGAAGAACAAGGGAGCUAGAGAUUUUUAAUUUUAAAUGGAAAAUGAAGUUUCAGAGAGAAAAUCCUGCCCUUCUUAAUGCGAAUAUGAACAUUCAUGGACUUCGGGCUUAUGAUGCAACUAUUGCUCUUGCCAAAGCUGUGGAAGAAGUUGGUGUUACAAACUUCACAUUUCAGAGAACUAACAAUGCAGCUUCCAAUUUUUCUACUGAUAUUUCUGAUAUUGGAGUGUCGCGUUUUGGCCAACAGUUACUGCAGUCGAUACUAAGGUCAAAGUUCAGGGGACUUGGCGGUAACUUUGUUCUAGACGAUGGACAGCUACAAUCUUCUGCCUUUGAGCUUAUAAAUAUGCAGGGCAGUACAGGAAAAGAAAUCAUGUUUUGGAUGUCGUCUACUGGUUUUGUUAAAAAUGUGACUUCAGUGUCCAACAGUAAGUUUACUGCUACAAAGGCUGAUUUUAAGUCAAUUGUAUGGCCGGGAAACUCUACUAUCGCUCCUAAAGGUUGGGAAAUUUCACCAAAUGGAAGGAGGUUGAAGAUUGGUGUUCCAGUCAAGAAUGGUUUCCUACAAUUUGUGACUGUCACUCGAGAUCCUUCCACCAAAAAAACAAAAGCUACAGGCUUCUGUAUUGACAUCUUUGAUGCUGUAAUGAAAAAAUUGCCGUAUUAUGUACCUUAUGAUUAUGUCCCUUUCUCGGAGGAAGAAGGUCAACCGACAAACAGCUAUGACAAACUGGUUUCUCAAGUCUACCUCAAGAAGUAUGAUGCAGUGGUAGGCGAUGUAACGAUUAGAGCAAAAAGGUCAUUGCUAGUAGAUUUUACGUUUCCUUACACAGAAUCUGGUGUUGUAAUGGUUGUACCUGUGAAAAACAAUAAGAAAAUUCGAGCCUGGCUUUUUGUCAAACCCUUGACAUGGGAUUUGUGGGUUGCAGCCUUUUGUUCCUUCAUGUUCAUUGCGUUUGUGGUUUGGGUGCUUGAGCAUCGAAUAAACGAAGAUUUCAGAGGACCACCAGGGCAUCAAGCAGGAACAAGUCUCUAUUACUCUUUCUCAACAUUAGUUUUCUCACACAGUUUUAAUGUGUUCAACAACCUAACGCGAUUUGUAGUCAUAGUUUGGGUAUUCGUAGUGCUCAUCCUUAUACAAAGUUAUACAGCCAACUUGGCGUCCUUGCUGACAAUAGAACAACUUCAGCCCACAAUCAGAGACGUUAACGAAUUGAUAAAGACAGGGGAAAGUGUUGCAUUUCAAGAAGGCUCAUUUGUUAAGCAAUCUCUAUUAGAAAUGAACUUUAGUCUACCAAACCUGAAGUCCUAUAAUACUACAGAUCAGUUACAUGAACUUUUUGUCAAGGGGCCUAAAAAUGGAGGGAUUGCAGCAGCAUUUGAUGAACUACCGUUUAUUAAGAUCUUUCUUGCAGAGUACUGCUCAAAAUAUACCAUGAUACCGCCAACAUAUAAGACUGAUGGGUUUGGAUUUGUUUUCCCCAAAGGCUCCCCUCUUGGAUCAGAUGUCUCGAGUCAAGUGCUAAACGUAACUGAGGGAAAAGAAAUGACAGAUAUUGAAAACAAAUGGUUUCAGAAAACAAAUUGUCCUGAUUUAGGCGUGUCAUUGUCUUCAAAUAGUCUUGGUCUUGACAGUUUUUGGGGCUUAUUUACAAUCGCGGGGGCUGCUGCAUUAUUUGCUCUAAUCAUAUCUUUGGCUAGCUUCCUUAAAGAGCAUCGAAACGUAUGGUCUGAUGGUAGUGCCUCAGUUUGGACUAGAAUAAGGACAUUGAUGAAAGUUUAUGACCAAAAGAAUCACAAUUCUCAUACUUUUAGGAACAGUCCACAACAGGGUCAGAAUUUUCUUGGUACAUCAUCAAGUAGUCCGUUUCCACAAAGUCCAUCGAGCUUUUGGCACAAUUCAGGAAGAGGCUUCAAUAUUUAUGAAGAACAAUCAACUCCAUCUUCGGAGAAAAUGGAUAUUAAUUCAAGUAGGCUAGAAAAUUCUAUUGAGCCCUGCUAACGGACAUAUGCUUAGUAUUAAAGGUACACACGAGUGUAUAAAAGGUAAAGAAUGCCUAUUGUUAGAAAAUGUGAAUUUAUUAAGAUUGGUGUAAAUCCUUUAGGUAUGUGUAAAGAGAUAAGUAGAUAUACAACAGUUAUGAGUAGCAAAUGUACAGGACUCUUUCGCCCCAAAGUAAAAAAGUGACACCGUAUGAAAAGAGUUAACACUUAACACAUGACUUCAAUGUUUAACCUGCUGACCUGCUGCUGUCUUUUGAUCAAGAAAAUAUUUUUUUGGUAAACUUGUUUAUGUUUAGGACUUGGGACAUGAUUGUUUUAGUUUUGUGAUUAAAAUUAAAUUCCUACUUACCUGAUUCUUUACUUUUAAUUUUUAA